UUACUGCACCAGAACAGAAAUUGAACAAUCACCAAAGACGAGGACUUUCUACUUCCAAUCUCAGCUUUUAAUACGCUUCCUCCGAUCAUUUUCCUUUAAAAAGCUCAACAACCCACAAACUCAAACCUCAAACAAAAUCAUGGGUUGCUGUCAAUCUUCCUUUUUUGCAUAUAAGUUCCACCACCGCCACCAGCAAACACCGUCCUCCGGUGGGUUCGACGCGGCAGGAAGCGGAGAAGUUCCUUCCUUCUCGGAGUUCACCUUCUCUGACCUCAAAGCUUCCACGAACAACUUCAGCUCGGACAACAUCGUUUCUGAAAGCAGUGACAAGGCCCCCAAUAUUGUCUACAAGGGCUGCCUCCAGAAUCAACGUUGGAUCGCCGUCAAGAAGUUCAGCAAGACAGCCUGGCCUGAACCCAAGCAAUUUGCGGAAGAGGCUUGGGGAGUGGGGAAGUUGAGGCACAAGAGGCUGGCAAAUUUGAUUGGGUACUGCUGUGAUGGGGACGAAAGGCUUCUUGUGGCUGAGUACAUGCCCAACGAUUCUCUUGCUAAGCAUUUAUUCCACUGGGAAAACCAAACCAUUGAAUGGGCGAUGCGUUUACGAGUAGCCUACUACAUUGCUGAAGCCUUAAACUACUGUAGUAGUGAGGGCCGUCCAUUAUACCAUGACAUGAAUGCUUAUAGGGUUCUCUUUGAUGAGAAUGGCGAUCCACGCCUUUCAUGUUUUGGCUUGAUGAAAAAUAGUAGGGAUGGGAAGAGUUAUAGCACGAAUCUUGCCUACACUCCGCCUGAAUAUCUGAAAAAUGGCAGGGUCACUCCUGAGAGUGUUAUUUACAGCUUUGGCACGGUCCUUUUGGACUUGCUUAGUGGAAAGCACAUUCCCCCUAACCACGCUCUUGAUAUGAUACGAGGCAAAAAUAUUCUUCUCUUGAUGGAUUCACAUUUGCUGAGAAACUUUUCUACAGAAGAAGCAACCAUUGUGGUUGAUCUUGCCUCUCAAUGUUUGCAGUAUGAACUGAAGGAGCGGCCUAGUACAAAAGACCUUGUUGCAACACUAGCUUCACUCCAAAUCAAGACCGAUGUACCAUCUUUUGCCAUGCUUGGGAUUUCAAAGCAAGAAGAUUCCCCAUCACCUCCACAGCGACCUCUUUCAGCUAUGGGUGAGGCAUGCUCACGCUUAGACCUUACAGCAAUUCAUCAUAUCUUGGUUACAACUCAUUACAGGGAUGAUGAAGGAACGAAUGAGUUAUCUUUCCAAGAGUGGACUCAACAGAUGAGAGACUUGCUGGAUGCAAGGAAGCGUGGGGACUAUGCAUUCCGCGACAAAGAUUUCAAAACUGCAAUAGACUGCUAUUCACAGUUCAUAGAUGUAGGAACAAUGAUAUCCCCAACUGUCUUUGCACGUCGUAGUCUCUGUUACCUCCUAUGCGAUCAACCAGAUGGUGCCCUUCGAGAUGCAAUGCAAGCACAAUGUGUAUAUCCAGAGUGGCCCACAGCCUUCUACAUGCAGUCUGUUGCCCUCGCCAAACUAAAUAUGCAACAGGAUGCAGGUGAUAUGUUAAAUGAAGCAAGUGAGCUGGAAGAAAAGAAGCAGCGGAAUUCGCGAACAUCUUGAGAACAGAGCUUUAAAGAUUUGAUGUUGUUGUUUAGGCUGCCUAAAGUAUGUACAAAAUCUGAGCUGGGAAUCGUAGUUGUAAUUUCUCCAUUGAUUGAUACAUUUAGUAGAAAUAUAUAUAUGAGCACUCGCUAUGCAUUAAUGAA